AACCAGGCACUUUGGGGGAGUCGCUGGGAGCAAGUACUCAACUCCCGAAGAAGAUUGGUACUUGUUGUACAGUAUUACGUCGGCUAGUUCGAUAUCGUCGAGGCACAAGGAGGAAAUCUAUAGCACCUCGACGUACUUUGCCUAUAGCAAUGAAAACUGCAUAGUUUCGGCUUUAGCGAGACGAGGAGAAAAGAAAACUUCGGUCAAAGCCGAAGAAUAAAGCGGACAACUGCUUCAAGCAAAACAGUUGUACAGAAAAAACAAGAUUGUUAAACAACUACUUACGAAAGUAGGAAAAGAUGGAUUUGAAGAAAAAUGGGCUGUUGAAUAAUGCAGGCGCAGAUGUGCAGUAUGGUAGAAAAUGCACUUUCAUCCAGGUCCUGAUGUGCAUUAUAUCAAACACUUCUGUUAUUUCAUCUGGUAUGACUAUGGGUUUCUCAGCUGUAGUGUUACCUUAUAUGAUGAUUCCUAAUGAUGUACUUCAUGUCACGAACAGUGAAGGAUCAUGGAUAGCAAGUUUAGCGACCAUCUCAACACCUCUUGGUUGCUUGAUGGUAGGACCGAUAAUAGAUUAUUUAGGAAGAAAGACUGGCAUUCUUUUAGUUAACAUCCCAGCAAUAAUUGGUUGGCUGUGCAUUACAAUACAACCUUCCUUAAUGCAGCUGUAUAUCGGUCGUUUAUUGACUGGACUUGCGUGCGGUCUUUCAAGUGUUCCAUCUACAGUGUACAUGGCAGAAUCAUCGACAGCUGCACAGCGAGGCUAUCUCAUGACUGGAACAUCAAUAGCCAUAUCUUUUGGUGUUGCCGUUGUUUACAUUUUGGGACUGAUAUUUCAGGAAAAUUGGAAGUUGGUUGCAGGAAUAUGCUGUUUAGCCCCUGUCAUAUCUUCACUCUUGAUAAUAUUCUUUUUACCAGAAACGCCAUUGUGGUUAAUGUCGCACAAGAAACCAGAGAAAGCCAAAGAAGCCCUCAUGAUACUGCGUGCAACGAAAAAUUCUGCAGUCAUCCAAACGGAAUUAGAUGAGUUGACCCAGAGAGUGAAAAAUAAUAGAAAACAGCAAAACAUUAUGAGCGUCAUCAAAGCAAUAGCACGCCCUGAAUCGUACAAGCCGUUGUUAAUCAUGAACACAUUUUUUCUCUUCCAACAACUCACGGGGAUAUUUGUCGUCAUUUUUUAUGCUGUUGAUGUGGUCCGUGAAGCAGGAGUAACUGCAGAUCCCUUUGUAGUUGCAGUCCUAAUUGGUCUAACUCGUUUAGUUUUCACAAUAUUUGCUGCCUGGAUGUCGAGGAAGUUUGGAAGAAGGAUAACUGCAAUAAUAUCGGGAAUGGGAAUGACGAUAUCACUCAUGAUUCUGGCAACCCUUAUACUGAUACAGCUUCCGCAACUUGAAGAUGAUCAAUAUAGAAUUCCUUCUUUCAAUGAGACGGGUAACAUGACGAGUGAUGAAGAAAGUAUUUCAUCAUUAAACAUAACUGGAUUCGGAGAGGACUCAGAUGAUACAGUCGACAAGCCGCCUACAUUCCUACCUGUCAUUGCUAUAUUAAUAUACAUACUGUCAAGUACGGUUGGAUUUUUAACACUGCCUUGGUCUAUGAUUGGAGAAGUUUAUCCGGCACAAAUAAGAGGAGUAGGAAGUGGAUUUACAACCUGUAUGACAUACAUAUUCAGUUUUUUCACUAUAAAAUUAUUUCCAACUAUGAUAUUUUAUAUGCAAAAACAUGGAGUGUUUUACUUCUAUGGUACGAUGGCACUUUUGGGAACAAUAUUUGUUUACUUCUUUUUGCCAGAAACACAAGGAAAAACAUUGGCAGAAAUAGAAAGGAUUUAUACAAGAAAAAGGAAAAGGCAGCAUGGUAUCGAAGAGGAAGAAGCUUUAAGUAGUACAAAGAUGAUAACUAUUGUUCCAGCAAACAAUAGAUAGUGUUAAAAUAGUAAUGGAAGUCUUAAUCAGAACAAAAUGAAUUAAGAAUGUUACUUAAAAACUACCAAUGUUAUCAACAUGACUUCAAUAAAAGUGUAGGUUCAUAGUGCAAUGUGAAGGAUAUUUAAAAGAAAGCAGAAAAGAGCCAAGUACAUAAAAAUUAUAGUUCUUAAAAACUCGAGGAAUGAUAAUCUCCGUUUUGAAGACUAGAAAGUGAAUUCCACAUUUUACCUGGAGUCAUUAAAAUCAUAAGAUUUAUUUAUUUGUUAAGUUAAUCAUUUGUUGAAUGCUUUAAAAUGUAACGAAAUUGUUGCAUUGUUUUUUUAGCUAUUAAGUUAUUAAUUUUUUUGUAAGAAUUGUUUUUAACUGUCUCAAUCAAUUUUAUAAAUAAAUGUGAUUUUUA